CCCGGCAGCGGCAGCAGAAGCGGCCUUAAAAUCGAGAAGAUGACGUCGAGGCAGACUUAGCGAUAACGAGGCGCACCUCCGCGCUGAGUCCACAACUCUUUUUUUCGGCCUUUUCGAGUUCGUCCUGCUUGUUGCUUCGUCGCGGGUUGUUGUAUUUCCUGUAUUCUUAGUGGAAACCCCUGUUCUGUUCUUCUUUGUCUGCUGCUGCUGCUGCUUUCUCUUCUCAGCGUCAGCGUGCACCGCCAUGUCCUUCUCCGGCCCGGACCACGACCAUCUCCCCUUCCAGUCCGGCCCCCUCCCCGCCGUCGUCGACCACUCCUCUGACCCGCUCGCAAACGACCCCGACUACCCCGAUGGCUCCUCCGCCCUCUCCCGCUCGGCCUCCUCCUCCUCCUUCGCCUCCAUCCGCGGCCGCCAGCGCUCCCGUCGCGACUCGGUCCUCACCGAACGCAGCUACUAUGGCGAAAUGGCCCAGGACGGGCCCUUCGACGGCCCCGCCCCCGACAGCGUCCCCUCCUCCAUCUCGGCCUUUGCCCAUCUCCGCGACCCCGCCGGCCACUCUCAUCUCCACAACCUAGCCCGCUCGCGCUCGCGCUCCACCUCCGUCUCCUCCACUCGCAGCUUCCGCUUCUUCGAUGCCGCCGCCGUCGAGCGCGCAAACGACAUCGACCGCCAGAUGCACCCCUAUCGCUACGACAUCGACAACGACGAGGAGGCCUACGCCCGCGCCCAUGCCCUCGAACGCGACAGUAUGGACGAGAUCCACAGCCUGCACACCGUCACCUCCUCCGGCGACUUCAACCAGCACAUCAUCCACGACUCGCCCGAUCCCGCGGCUCUCGACGACGACGACCACCACCACCGCGACCGCUACAAGCGCUACUCAAACAACGAUGCCACCGAUCGGCCCUUGCUCGACCACGCUGGUUCAUUCGACAUCUCGCCAACCGCUACCGGAGAGCCAAGCACCCCCGAGAUCAUGCAGCAGACCGUCUACCUGCCCGAAGAGGACCUCAUCAUCGCUCUCGCUGGAUACAAGUCUAGUCCAUUACGACUAUUUCUUCUCACCCUUCUCUGCGUCUCCACCGGUGGUCUCGCUUACCUCAUCCUUCGCUGGCUCCCAAAAUGGCGUGUAUCAUUACUAGGCUACAAAGCUCCCUUAUCCAACUGCGACUGGGUUGUUCUCGAGAACCAAUGGGGAGAGCUCUCAUUCCUCAACGUCGAAAAGAAGCCCUACAACUACCCCAUGUCGUCCGUCUUCAACGUGCACAAGUCAGGCAGCAAGCCCUCCGACGAAAUCGGCUACGAUCCGACGAUCAAGUCCCUCCACUACUUCAACUACCGCUACAUGCGCCUCAUCCUCCACCCCAUCGAAGGCAAGUUCGAGCUCAACAAUGACUGGAAAGACCCCUCCUGGCUCAACCUGUCCGCCGCCCGCAAGGGUCUUGAUAUGGUCACCGUCGGCGAGCGGCAAACCGUCUUUGGCUCAAACAGUAUCGAUAUAGAGGACAAGCCCGUGUUCAAGCUACUAGUUGACGAAGUCCUGCACCCUUUCUAUAUCUUUCAGCUUUUCUCCAUGAUCCUCUGGUCACUCGACGAGUACUACUACUACGCCACCUGUAUCCUCGUCAUAUCCGCCAUCAGCAUAACAAAUACCCUCAUCGAAACGAAAAGCAACAUGCGCCGGCUCCGCGAAAUCUCUCGUGUGGUCUGCAGUGUGCGCGUACUCCGCGAGAACUACUGGUCCACGAUCCCCUCAACCGAACUAGUCCCUGGCGACAUCUUCGAGGUCUCCGACCCGUCUCUGUCCGAGUUCCCGUGCGAUGCAAUGCUGCUCACCGGUGACGGCAUCAUCAACGAGAGUAUGCUCACCGGCGAGUCGAUCCCGGUCUCAAAGUACUCGGCCACCCCCGAAUCAAUGGCCCAUCUGAUUGACUCGGGAAUCACUCUCGCGCCCGAGAUCGCGCGCAACUUCCUCUUUUGCGGCACGAAAAUCGUGCGUCUGCGCAAACCUCAGGACCGCGCGUCGAGCCCCGAGGACGGCGAGGAUCUGCAAGGCGAGCCUGAAGCGGUCGCGCUCGCUCUCGCUGUCAGAACCGGCUUUAAUACUACGAAAGGUGCCCUCGUCCGCUCGAUGCUCUUUCCGAAGCCCUCUGGAUUCAAGUUUUAUCGCGACUCGUUCAUCUACAUCGCCUUCAUGUCGGCCAUGGCUGCUGUUGGUUUUAUUUUCUACACAAUCACCUUUAUCCGACUCGGUCUUCCCGCCAGCCUGAUUGCGUUCCGCUCCCUUGACCUCAUCACUAUCGUCGUACCCCCCGCGCUGCCGGCUACCUUGACGAUCGGGACAAACAUUGCGCUCGCUCGACUCAAGCAGAAAAACAUUUUCUGCAUCAGUCCGAACCGAGUGAACGUCGGCGGGAAACUGGACAUUGUCUGCUUCGACAAGACCGGUACACUUACCGAAGACGGUCUCGAUGUCUUGGGCGUGCUCGUCUGCAAUCGCCACGAAAACUUGUUUUCGGAUGUCAUGCCGGCUGCAAAGUACGUCGUGCCUGCCUCGGCCAAGGAUCUGAAAAAGGACUGGACCGUGCGCUUGUCGAUGUUAUACGCGAUGGCCAGCUGUCAUUCGCUCAAACUGAUUGACGACGAGCUCAUGGGUGAUCCGCUCGACAUCAAGAUGUUUAUGUUCACCGGCUGGGGUCUCUCAGAAGACGGAGAAGUCUACACGCCUGCUCCUGAAUCUGCUGAAGAGCGGUACUCGCCGACUACAACCUCUCCUCAAAACACGACUUUGCGAUCGAGCGGUGCAGACAGUCUAGCCCCGAUGAUCAUGCUGCCGCCGCGCAAGCUCGCGCGCACGAUCGUCGCCUGCGACAACGACGCCGACCCGUCCACUGUCGACCCCGACGAAGCCAAUCUCGGGAUCAUCAAGAUGUUUGAGUUCGUCUCGCAGCUGCGCCGGAUGUCUGUCGUCGUCAAACGGUACCGCGACUCGGACAUGCAGGUCUACGUCAAAGGCGCGCCGGAGAUCCUCCCGCAGAUCUGUAACCCAGACUCGUUUCCCGAGGACUACGAGCAAACGCUCGAGAGCUACACGCACCGCGGCUAUCGCGUGAUUGGCAUCGCAACAAAGACGCUGCCCAACAUGUCGUGGUACAAAGCGCAGAAGCUGAAGCGCGAGGAUGUCGAGAAAGACCUGGAUUUUGUCGGCUUUAUUGUCUUUGAGAACAAGCUCAAGCCGUCGACUAAGAGCAUCAUCCAGGAGCUUUCGGCCGCGGACUUGCGCACGGUUAUGUGCACGGGAGAUAACGUCUUGACCGCGAUCAGCGUCGCCCGAGAGUGCGAGCUCAUCCAUCCCGGAGCGCCUGUCUUUGUGCCCCAUUUCCGCAGCGACGAGCUGGGUAUAGAAUGGGAGUGUAUCGACAACGCGUACAUCAAGCUGGAUUCGGCGACGCUUAUGCCUACAGUUGACCCCGAUGCUCCCACGCGGCCGUCGGCUAGAGAGAUGCGCAAGUAUACGCUUGCCAUCACGGGCGAGGUGUUUAGAUGGAUCAUGAACUACGCUUCUUCUGAUAUGAUCCGCCGCAUGCUCAUCAAAGCCGACAUCUACGCACGCAUGUCCCCAGAUGAGAAGCACGAACUGGUCGAGAAAUUGCAAGAGAUUGACUACUCUGUCUGUUUCUGCGGCGACGGUGCCAACGACUGUGGCGCGCUCAAGGCGGCCGACGUCGGAAUCUCGCUGUCAGAGGCAGAGGCCAGUGUCGCGGCACCGUUUACUAGUCGCGUGUUUGAGAUCUCGUGCGUGCCAGAUGUGAUUCGCGAAGGGCGCGCGUCGCUUGUCACGAGCUUUUCGUGCUUCAAGUAUAUGUCGCUGUACUCUGCCAUUCAGUUUUCCACCGUCGGAAUCUUGUACGCGUCUGGUACGAACUUGGGCGAUUUCCAGUUUUUGAUGAUUGACAUGUUUUUGAUCCUGCCUAUUGCCGUCUUUAUGGCCUGGGCAAAGCCGUAUCCCGUGCUGAGUCGAAAGCGCCCGACAGCGAACCUCGUGUCGCAGAAGAUUCUGAUCAAAUUGGUAGGCCAGAUUGUGAUCAGCGUGUUUUUCCAGUUUAUAAUAUGGGAGGCGGUCAAGCGGCAGCCGUGGUAUACGCCGCCGAUUCCAGGAUCGGACGAUAGCCAUGUGCAGAGCUCGGACAAUACUAGUCUGUUUUUGGCGUCGUGCUAUCAGUAUAUCUUUGUGGCGAUGGUGUUGAGUGUUGGACCGCCGUAUCGUGAGCCUAUGAGGAAGAACCGCCCGUUCAUGGCAAUGAUUGCAGCGACAACAUUAAUCGUGACAUUAAUCCUAAUGGUGCCUCCCCGCUGGCUUUUCAACCUCCUAGUCCUAACGCAAAUGACGCUCGGCUUCAAGCUCUUCAUUCUGGCAGUCGCGGCCGUGAACUUUGGCGCCGCGUGGGUCGGCGAACGAUACCUGUUUGUGUCGCUCGCCAGGACUCUGACGCAUAUCCGACGCACGGUUCGCGGCGGACGAAGGAAGGUUAGAAAGCAGUUUAAGGUGUUGCUGGAGCAGCACGCGCAGGAUUUCGAGUUGUUGUAGGACAAGUCCGAGAGUGGUGGGUGGCUGUACAUUACAGUUUUAUUUCUUUACUUCACCGGUUCCGAUGGUGGAUGUCUAUUGCUAGGUUUUUUUGUGGGGGGGGGGGGGGAGAAAGUUGUACAUUUUUCUAAA